GUCGUCCUGGCCGCAGACUCCUCUUGUGGCUUGCACCGCCGCGUCCCAGAACGAUUCUCCAUCUCCACCACUUCCUCAAAGCCAGCAUAAUCCAUGGACAAUCCUAGCUCAACAAUAAACCCAAACAGCACAUGGGUGAACCUAAGAGGUUCAUGGCUUACCAACAUUCUGAUAAUGGUGUUGCUGAGACUGGGAAUGGCGAUAGUACCAGGAAUUUCAUCAGAAGCGUCUUGGACUUUGACGAACCUUGUGUAUAAUGCAUCUACAUUUGUGAUGUUCCAUUGGGUGACUGGGAUACCGUUCGAUUUAAAUCAAAAUGAGUACGAGGGAUUGACGUUAUGGGAACAAAUUGACAAUGGGGAACAGUUUACACCAACGAAGAAGUACCUUACCGCAUUACCCAUAAUACUGUUCCUACUAAGUACACACUACACACAUUACGACUUUCCUACAUUUAUGAUCAACUUGGCGUCAUUACUUGUGGUGCUCGUGGCAAAACUGCCAUCGAUGCACAAAGUCCGCAUAUUUGGCAUCAAUAAAGGAUACACAGAUUGAAUUCGCAAUGCGUGGGCGGGCGGCUGUGUUGAGCGAGUGACCUUAUGACCUUUUGAGUAAUUAUCUGGCGAAGAAUAUAGGAUCGCGCAUUUUGUUUGUGGGGGGAAACUAUCACAGCCGUUCGAAAUGUUUUCAGAUCGAUUGCAUAAGAUUUUCCACAUCUCUUUGCAGCAUCUCAUUUCUUGGAUCGAGCUGCAAAGCUCUCUGGUACUCUUCUAGGCCCGCUUUUAGUUCCCCUGAUCUCACUUUAGCGGUUCCUAUGCGGACAAGCAUUUUGACCC